UUUAAUUACUAAUAACAAAAUAUUAGUUUGGAGCUUGGAGGCGCUCCCAACUGAUAUAUCUUCAACCCAAACCCUACUGCUACCUAUCUGCAUCUUCCAAACCCUAGCAUAAACCUCCCGACCCCAAAAAAAUGGAGGAACCAAAAGUGAUGAAAACCCAAAAACCCAAGAAGAGAGAACGCCCAAUUGAGCAUGAAUCAGCCUCUAAUCCGGACCCUCUUAAACCCAUGGAAAGAAAAAAGAAAAGAAAAGCCAUGGCUAAAGAAAAGCACAAAUCUUUGAACCCCCCUUGUGAAUUGAAGCAAGAAUUGAUUGUACCAAUGGAGACUCCAUCUUCUUCAUCUGGUAAUAAUGGGUCGCCUGAAUUACAUCUUGGGGUGUUUAAAGAUCUUGGGAAUGGUGAUGUUGGUGUCAGAGUUGCUGCAGCUCAGAGGUUGGUUUUGGAGUUGAAACAAGUUCAGAAAGCUUUUGAUAAGAGUGAUGAGAAAGAUGAAGAUGGUGAUGGGUUGAUGUUAGAAGCUGAGAAAGAUGAUGGGUUGAAUAAUUGUGCCCCGUCUGUUAGGUAUGCUGUUAGGAGGCUCAUUCGGGGUGUUUCGUCUUCUCGGGAGUGUGCUAGACAAGGGUUUGCUUUGGGUUUGACUGUUUUAGUUGGUGCUCUUCCUUGUGUAGAAUUGAACUCGUUAAUGAAACUGAUUGUUGAUCUAUUAGAAGUCUCUUCUUCAAUGAGGGGUCAGGAUGUAAAAGAUUGUCUCUUGGGUCGCUUGUUUGCUUAUGGUGCAAUUGUGCGAUCAGGAAGACUAACCAAUGAGAUGACUUCUGAUAAGAGUUAUAUUUACGUCAAGGAUUUUGUUAGUUCUCUCAUAUCCCUUGCAUCCAGAAAGCAGUAUUUGCAAGAGCCGUCUGUCGUAAUUAUCCUAGAAUUGGUUGACAAGUUGCCUAUUGAAGCUGUGUUACAUCAUAUUUUAGAAGCUCCUGGGCUCCGUGAAUGGUUUGAAAAAGCCCCUGAAGUGGGAAAUCCUGAUGCUUUGCUUCUUGCUCUUAAGAUCCGUUUGAAGAUCUCUAUCGACAAUGAUGUCUUUGGAAAGCUUUUGCCUAAUCCAUAUAGCUCUAGCAACCUUUUUUCCGUCGACCAUCUUUCCUCUAUUGCUAAUUGCCUAAAGGAAUCCACUUUCUGUCAGCCCCGAGUCCAUAAUGUAUGGCCUUCUUUACUUGACAUUCUCCUACCGAAUGUUGCUUCAAAAGAUGCAGACACAGCUUCAGGUUCAAAUGUUGUGAAAAAGCCCAAAAGGCAUCGCAAGUCGAACUCAUCUGAAGAAGACAUUGAGAAAAACCUUCGAUGUUUUUGGGAAACUAUUAUUGAAGAAUCCCUGCUUUUGUCAUCUCAUGAUCGUAAACAUUUGGCUUUUGACAUUCUUCUUCUUAUCCUUCCAAGGCUUCCUAUAACUUGUGUGUCAAUAGUGCUGUCUAGCAAAUUUGUCCAGUGUUUGAUGGAUGUACUUUCAACUAAAACCUCGUGGCUAUAUAAAGUUGCCCAGCAUUUUCUCAAAGAGCUGUCGGACUGGGUAGAAUAUGAUGAAGUUAAAAGAGCAGCUGUAAUAGUAUCACUGCAGAAGCACAGCAAUGGAAAAUUUGACUGCAUUACACGUACAAAAACAGUAAAAGAUUUUAUGGCAAAAUUUACCACCGAAUCUGGCUGCAUGCUGUUUAUUCAGAACUUGAUGGACAUGUUUUUGGAUGAGGGACUUGUCACUGAGGAGCCUUCGGAUCAUAGUCAAACAACUGAUGACAAUUCAGAAAUUGGUUCAGUGGAGGAUAAGGAUUCUGCUGGAACACAGGGAACCUCCGAAUUUUUGAAAACUUGGGUUAUUGAUUCUCUUCCCAGUGUCUUGAAGCAUUUAAAGAUCGAUCAAGAGGCAAAGUUUGGUGUUCAAAAAGAAAUUUUGAAGUUCUUAACUGUCCAAGGUUUAUUCUCUUCAUCACUUGGAACAGAACUUACAUCCUUUGACCUAAAGGAGAAGUUUAGAUGGCCAAAGGUUCCGACAUCUAGUACUCUUUGCAGGAUGUGCAUUGAGCAGCUUCAGUUACUAUUGAAAAAUGCUCAGAAAGGAGAAGGUCCUCGCUCUGUGGUUGGUGGCCUCGAGGCAAACGAUCUUGGAUCUUAUUUUAUGCGAUUUUUUAGCACAUUGUGUGAGAUCCCUUCACUGUCUCUCUUUAGAACUCUUAGCAACGAGGAUAAAAAAGCACUGAAAAAAUUGCAAGCAACAGAAAUUCACCUUUCUAGAGAGGAGAGGAAUUGUGGUCUCAGCACAGAUGCACGUAAAUUGCAUUCUCUUAGGUAUUUACUCAUCCAAUUGCUGCUCCAAGUUCUGCUUCGUCCAGAUGAGUUUAUUGAAGCUUCAUCUGAACUUAUCAUUUGUUGCAAGAAAGCUUUUCCCUCUGACGAUCUUAAUUUUUCUGGAGAUGAUGAAUCUGAAGAUGACGGGACACCUGAGUUGAUGGAUGUCCUUGUUGAUACAUUACUUUCUUUACUGCCUCAGUCAUCAGCUCCUAUGCGGUCUGCCAUUGAACAGGUAUUCAAAUAUUUUUGUGAUGGCGUCACGGAUGAUGGAUUGCUUCGGAUGUUGCGUGUUAUAAAGAAAGAUCUGAAACCAGCUAGACAUCAGGAUGUAGACAGUGAAGAUGAUGAAGAAGACGACGAUGAUCUUCUUGGAAUUGAAGAAGCAGAAGAAUCUGAUGAAGGUGAGACAGCUGAAACCGGCAAUAGUGAUGAAGAAUCUUUAGAUUCUGAGGCAGUUGAUGGCAGCCAGCUAAUUGGUAAAGAAGUUUCUGAAGCCCCCGAUGAUUCUGAUAGUGGAAUGGAUGAUGAUGCAAUGUUCCGCAUGGAUUCCUAUCUUGCACAAAUUUUCAGAGAGAAGAAGAAUCAGGCUGGAGGGGAAACUGCUCAAUCACAGCUUGUGCUCUUCAAACUUCGCGUCCUCUCUUUGUUGGAGAUUUACCUACAUGAGAAUCCUGGUAAGCCGCAGGUGGUGAAAGUGUUUACCUACCUGGUCCAGGCAUUUGUUAAUCCAAAUACGACAGAAGGCAGUGAACAGCUUGGUCAGCGUAUAUUGGGAAUAUUGCAAAAGAAGAUUUUUAAAGCGAAGGAGCAUCCAAGAGGUGAAGCAGUUCAACUGUCCAUGCUUGAGUCUUUGCUAGAAAAGAAUUUAAAGUUGGCAUCAAAACCAUUUAAGAAAAAGAAAACUGCGCCCAACCCUUCAAAGAAAAAGCAAUCAGCCUCUUUUAACAGAUACAAAAUGAUAAAAAAUCUUGCUCAAAAUUCAACAUUUUGGAUACUAAAGGUGAUUGAUUCAGGUAGUUUUCCAAAGUCUGAACUUCAAAGGAUCUUUGAUAUCUUCAAAGGGGUUUUGGGUUCAUAUUUUGAUAGUAAAAAGUCUGAUUUGAAGUGUGACUUUCUGAAAGAAAUAUUAAGGAGGCCAUGGCUUGGGCAUCAUCUCUUUGGAUACCUUGUAAAGAAAUGUAGUAAUGCGAAAUCAAAGUUUCGGCAAGUUGAAGCCCUAGCUUUGGUCACCGAGAUACUGAAAUCGCUUGUAUCUGUCAAUGCUGAUGGAAGUAGCCAAGAUCUCUCAAAGAAGAUGCUGAAAAGUCAUAUUUCAAAACUUUGUCAUCUGAUAAAGGAAUUGCUGACUAAUAUGCCAGAUAAGCAGGCUAAACGGGCUGAAGUGCGGAAGUUCUGUGGAAAGGUCUUCCAAACUUUAAUAAGCCUUAAACUCUCAGCAUCUUUUCUCAAAUCAUUAGAACCAGAAGUACAUGCUGCUUGUGAGGCACAACUUGGCGAAAGUUUUCUUGCAUUGAAAAGGCAGGAGUAAAGUAUUACAUCAGGUGCUUGACAGUUAAAUUUUGAGUGCAUUGCUGAUACACAGGCAAUUUGCGGAACAGUACUUCAUAGAUCUCCUGACCUUCCUCGGUCAAUCCAGCGUCCUUGUCAGAAACCUAAGUACCUGUUUGAGAAAUGUUCAACAUUCUGUAUGUUUCCCUUUACGUAUCUGUAGUCCUGUCAUGGCUAUAUUAUUCAGUAUGAAUUCAUUUUGCUGGUCUGCUAGUAAACCAUAUGUGAACAAGACUAAAAAGAAUUAUACUUCUCAUAUUUUGUAUCUCCAUAGAUUGAAAUUUUAGCCAUUUACUAGUAAUUUAAUGUAGCAUAUGCCUUUGCUGCAUGCUUUCUUGUA